CUUCGACCUCAAGCAAAGACGCUUUCCAGGCCUGUCGAAGAACCAGACAAAGAACACAGCUGACUGCCGAGCCACACAUAACUCACAGAUAACCUUUUGCGGCUCAUUUCCCUUCUGCAUCCCUCCUCCUUCCCCUUCCCAGUACUGUCCGUCUCAAGAACCAAUAUAUCAAGAAACAGGCAUUUGACAGGUCUUAAACGAAGCGUGUCGGAGAAAAGGGCAAAAGUACGAAGGGAAAAAGGGGGAUCUUGACAGUCUUAUCGUCACAAGACCUUCCUUCAUUAUCUGCUAACAAUAACUGUCUCAUUUUUGUUAUCUGUCAAGAUUCGGGUUCUCCGCUUUUCAACACGCCUUCCUUAACGAGGAAGAGGAAAGCGGCCGAGGCGGCCUUUGUGGGUGAUAAGGCUAGGAGGAUAGACACCAACGCCAACGCCGACGCCGCCACUGACGCCUCGCAAGAAAAAAACGAGAACGCCACCAGACUACAUUUGUCUUCCUUUUACACAGGCAGGACGGGUAGGAAAAAUAAUACCGCUCAGGGGGAUACGGGCAUUCAGGUCGAUUCUUCUUCAAAGAAGAGAGCGUUGGGUAUCGAUACACCCGCGACAACCACUGGUAGUGGCAGUAUGGACUCUGAAGAUGAUUUUAUGAGUGAUGCAUCCAGUCAGGAUGACUUUAUGGAUACUCAGGGUAGCGAGGAUGAGAGCUUAGAAGAUUUCGGAGAUGACUUCGAUGGCGGAUUCUCCCAAGACAAGGACCUUGUCGCGAAACCCCGGAAACCUUACGAGGUUGACUUCAAAGUCCUAAGCCCGUCGGAUAUUGAGCGAGAGCAGAACCAACAGAUAAAUGAAGUAUCCUUGAUCUUGGGCCUGCCGCCGGAAUCGGCGGCUAUACUUCUGCGUUUUGGGCGAUGGAAUCGGGAAAAGUUAAUAGAGUCGUAUAUGGACCAUCCAGAGGAGACACUGGAGGAGGCGGGCCUUGGGACCAACUUUGAGGGCACCCCUAAGACCGAGGUUGUCCCUGGAUUUAUGUGUGAGAUUUGCUGCGAAGACGGGGACGACCUUGAGACAUAUGCUAUGCGAUGCAGACACCGUUUCUGUGUUGAUUGCUACAGGCAUUAUCUUGCACAGAAAAUUAAAGAAGAGGGCGAGGCGGCUAGGAUACAAUGUCCAGGAGAAGGCUGCCAUCGGAUUGUGGAUUCGAAGUCGUUGGAUUUGCUUGUUACAGAUGAUGUCAAGGCGAGAUAUCGGAUCCUCCUGACCAGGACAUACGUUGAUGAUAAAGAAAAUCUCAAGUGGUGCCCUGCUCCGAACUGCGAGUAUGCAAUCGACUGCCCGGUUAGACAACGUGACCUCAAACGGAUUGUCCCCACGGUGGAGUGUUCAUGCAAGCAUUAUUUUUGCUUUGGCUGCAGUCUGAACGAUCACCAACCGACUCCGUGUGCGUUGGUCAAGAUGUGGCUGAAGAAGUGCGAGGAUGACUCUGAGACAGCUAACUGGAUCUCCGCCAACACCAAGGAGUGCCCCAAGUGCCACUCGACCAUUGAGAAAAAUGGGGGCUGUAACCAUAUGACAUGCCGCAAGUGCAAGCACGAGUUUUGCUGGAUCUGCAUGGGUCUGUGGUCCGAGCAUGGCACGAGUUGGUACAACUGCAACCGCUUUGAAGAGAAGUCGGGCUCCGAGGCUCGUACUGCGCAGGCUCGCUCCAGAGCAUCACUGGAGCGGUAUCUUCAUUACUAUAACAGAUACGCAAAUCACGAGCAGUCUGCUAAGCUCGACAAGGAUCUGUACCUGAAGACAGAAAAGAAGAUGACCAGUCUGCAGUCGCAGUCCGACUUGUCGUGGAUCGAAGUGCAAUUCCUUGAUACCGCUUCCCAGACUCUUCAGCUGUGUCGGCAGACCUUGAAGUGGACGUAUGCAUUUGCCUACUACCUUGCGCGCAACAACAUUACGGAGAUCUUCGAGGAAAACCAGAAGGAUCUGGAGUUGGCUGUGGAGAAUCUUAGCGAGAUGUUCGAGAAGCCAGUACCGGAACUUGCGAAGCUCAAGGGAGAUAUAUUGGACAAGACAGCAUACUGCAACAAGCGAAGGGUUGUAUUGUUAACUGAUACGGCGGAAAACCUUAAGAAGGGAGAAUGGUCUUUUAAUGUCGAGUGGUAGAGACCUGGCGGUUUAUAACCAGACGGGUCUCAAUUGCAUGAUCUGUGUGUUUCUCUCUCUCUCUCUCAUACUAUAUACCUCGACGAUUAUCCUGUAUCCAGACGCCCGACCCACUUCUUGAUACCGAACUCAUGGCGAGGCGGAAACCAUAGUUGAUGCUAUCUUGACGACGUGAAUGAAUGUAAACUUAGGAGUUAUUAUGAUUAUUAUUGGGCUUGUUUAAGUUAGCGUGCCAAGACAAGUUCCAGACCCAACAUUUGCAUAAUCAGAUUAGUCAUUUCCAGCAAACGCCGACCGAACAAGUGCCGUUGGGGCACGGCAAGGCAGUGAUGGGUAUGGGCUAUGGAGUACAUGAAAUUCUGCACGUAACAUGCCGUGAGGCUUGAGCAGCGAUGAUAUCAGAUAGAUAGGUUCCAGCCCUACCAGUACGCUAUCUGUUGCGUUCUUCGAGGAUGCUGAUCAUUUUUACUAUGGAUUAUCAUAUCAGAUGGAUCUUAUCUGAGAUGAAUGAUGCUUACUCCGCGGUUCGGAGGCCGAAGCUUCCCGAUUUAGGAAAUUGGCCCGUCGCCGAGUUGUUCUGUAUUAAGCAAUGUGUAUGUUAUUACCGUAUAUUACAGAGUAGGCAGAUGCGCAAAGCAAGAAAUACUCAAGUUGCC